UCAUUUUUCGGUCAUCAAAGACGAAUGCGACUUUUGCCGCGAACGACCGUUGCCUCGCGCGAUAACGUUUUCCAGGAAAUCUGAUCGUCGAUUGUUUUAUAUAUAUUACGUUGUCAGAACACACCACGAAUCAGAUGACAUCUUAGUCUUUUCUUUGUUAAAAACUUCACAAAAACUUGUCUUGUAAUACAUCUAUUUUUUAACAAAAACAAAAUAGCUACGUGCAGGAUCACGUUUUCGCGGAAUCUCGAUGCGCGUGGUGGAUUUCGUGUGAGAACGCGUUGAUUUUUGCUAGCGCCUGUUGCGACUGUUGCAGUCCUUUAUAUAUACUAUACAGACUAAACUAUACUUUUUAUUGUAAUAGAUGCAUGCGUUUAUGAUUAAGAAACUUAUUCGUCGAUACGAUUACGGCAUUUAGAUCAGUAUAUACGACUUCGCGCUUCAGUCUUCGUGUGUUUACAAACAGAUGUGAUCAUAAGAAGAAAAUUCCUAUAUCAUUUUACGUUAUAUCCCCUAAUCUAUUCUAGUUACUUAUACGAUUCUGCUAGAGAUUUUUAUCUACAAGCUUUGCUAGACUGAGAAAGUGCCAGUGACAUAUGAAAGCUAUCGCCUAGCAGCUCAAACGUGUUUCAAUUGCCUUCUAAUAUUAUGUCUGAUUCGACAAAUAACUACAAUAUAUAAGUAGUAUUAUUAUAAUAACAAUGGGGAAAAGAGGAAAACCAUGCUUAGUGCCACAUGAAGAUCGGAUAGAAGAAAUGAGAAAACAUGAGAUUUGUACCGCAAAUGGAAAAUUGAAGAAAGAAAGUGAUCCCGUGUGGCAAUUAAUUUGUGACAACAUAAAAAAACGAGAUUGUAAAAAAAUUAUAAAUGUGCGAAAUCUGUACCGCUAUGUUCAAAUUAAUUCCAAGAAAAUAUUAGCUGAAAUCAAUAUUACAAAUGCACUAGAUACAAUAGAGGAUACAGUAAAAGACACAAUAAAUGAUUCUCAAUUAGCAGAUGAACGAGAUGAAGAAUCUAUACUGAUUGAAAUGCGAAAAGACGUAUUCUACAAGCCUGCAAUAAGAGAAAUAUGUACAUUUCCUCUAUCUGUUUUACAUUGGACGAUAGAAGCAAUAGAUUUUUCAAAAGAUUUAGGAAAAGAUAUUCUGUAUAUGUUUUCUCUGAUAGGAACGUUUUGCAAGCCAUUUAUGGCGCCGGAUGGACACGUUAGCAAGCCAAUAAAUUUAUAUGCAUUAGGUACAGUGGUGUCUAAUACAUUUGUACCUUUGUGUCAAUUAUCGACUGAAGAUUACUCAACAUCCUUAUUUAAUAAAUUCUUUGGUGAAAAUAUACGAAGUGGCUUAGCAAUUCCAAAAUUUUUAGUUUUGGACUAUUACACACAUCAUUAUCUUACAGCAAAUGAAGUUUUUAAUGAGUACUUACCAUACGAAGAAUAUUUGCUUUUGUGUUACGAUUAUUUAACUGGGAAAGCUCAAAUAUUACCGAGAGUUAUUAUUUAUACUCACAACAGAUUUUUGAUUAUCAAAAUAAAAUAUUGGGAAUGCAUCAACAGGAUACAACUUCCAUCUGUAAAGAGAUUUCAUCUUUACUGUGUUAUUGUACUAAGUUUACAACAAAAUUUAGAUGAUUUUCAACGCAAUUUAAAAAGCAUCUUCAUUGUCUCCAGUAGUCAAUAUCAAAGUAAAAUUACACAUGAGAAUUUUGAGCUUAUUAAGUUACAAAUACAAGAAUUAAAUGUGGAAACACUUUAUAGCAAUGAAGAACUAGAAAAAAUAGAGAAUAAAUUCAAACAAAUUGUAGACCUUGAUAAUGUUAUCAAAAUUAACUGUGAUAAGUGUAAAUGCAUUAAAGACUUUAUAGAGAAUAUUUUUAUAGAAGCUAAUCAAAUAAUGAUUACACAAAAUGAUCAAUCAUGUGAAAAUAAUGUGUUUUAUAAUCCACAAUUUUGCGAAGAAUUGAUGAAACUUUGUAUGGAAUUUGUUCUUUGGUCAAAUAUUAUACAACAAAAUAGCAUUACAAGUUCAUCCUGUGAUUUUACUGCACUAUUAGAUAGUUAUAAAGUUGACUUUGAUAGAUACUUAUCACUAAAAUUCGAAUCAACACCAAGACUAAAUGAAUAUUUAUUAAAAAAUAUUGAUUAUGAGAAUGAAAAGUUAGAAUAUUUAAGAAAGAUUAUUCAUUCAGAAGCAAGUAGAAAAACAAAAGAUAAAUAUUUUGACUAUAGUUACAUGCAGUAUGAAGAAAAUUGGAUGGGUCUUAAUAAUUAUCGAGUAAAAGCUAAAGAGGAAAACAAUUCAGAAAACUCUUCAAGCAGUGAUGAUGAAAGUAUACUAGACACUAAUAAUGAUAGUGAUGGUGUUGAUUUUGAAGAAGUAAGUUUGAAUAUCAAUACAUUUAUAGACUCUGUUUGCCAAGAUAAUAAUGAUAAUCAUAUCUCACACACACAUGCAGUAAUAUCUGAAAAGUUGGUUCCCAUUGAAAAUGAAAAUACAAAAGUUGAAUCACAAUAUGUGCAUGAUAAGCACGAUAAUGAAAUUUUUCAACAAAAUGCUGUUACUAAACAAAACAAUAACACUAGUAAGAGUAAUAAAAAAGUUCAGAAAUCAGAAUCUGCAAUUGCAAAAAAUAAUUUCAAUAGAGGAAAGUUUCUUAGGCCUUGUGAGGAUAUCUAUUUGUUGCAACAAAAACCAACACAAUCCUCUAUAAAACGUCAAGUUAUUAAAAAUUCCAAUCAAUCUACAUCUAAUAAGAUUAAUAAACAAAGAAGAAUUCUUGCUACUUCAAGUCCUUUUGAUAGUCUUUUAGAAAUAUUAACUUCAGCUUAUUGUAAUAUCCAAAAAUUUCAAAAUUUUAUAACUCAACCAACAAAUUAUACAAUAGAGGAAAUCACUGAAGAGUUUUUCAACAUUCUUCAAAAAUAUGUUGAGAAUUUCAACUUUAGACAGCUAAGCUCAUUGAGAGUGAAAUUUGUCGACAAGCUUUGUGGCUCAGCAAGUCAAAAGUUUUGUUGGAGACAAUCUAUUGGUGAAUUUUAUAAAAGAAUUAUGCCAUCAACCAUAAUUGAUAAGUAUGAAUGUAACCAGUGUAACAUCAUAUCAUAUCGACAUGAAAAAUGUAUAAAUAUGUCAUCUACAGAAAUAAUGUCUGAAAAUUAUAUAGAAAAUAUUAUUAAACACCUUCAUAUACCAGAUAAAUGUGAUAAAUGUGGUCAUAAGAUUUUUAUAGCAGAUUUUAAAAUACAAAAUAUUUUAUGCAUUGAUAUUGAAGACACAGUCAAAAAUAGUGGAUCAUGCUUACUCAAGUUAGGUGAAUUAGUAUCACACAUAAAAAUAGAAGAACAAUCAUUUAUUUUGAUGGGAAUAAUUGGUUUUCAAGAACCUUUAGGAGAACAAACAACAAGGCACUAUUUUGCUUGUUGUAGAGGCAUUCAAGGAUUUUGGUUAAAGUAUGAUAACACAGAAGAAUCCAGCAAACCUAUCAGAAUCAGCGAUAAAGCUGCAUCACUAAACGGAGCAAUAUUAAUUUACAUAGAAUUUGAUAACAAGGUAUAACUAGCGAGAUCAUCGUCGCAGAUAAUGUACAAUUAUAUUGCAAGAAACACUGGCAGUCUGUUUUAAAAAAUAAUUAAUGCAUGAUUAUUAAUAAAUACAUUUAUUUAAUUGUAGUGUAAAAAUAUUUAUUGUACAUAAUUUUUUCCUCUUCUUUUCGUCAGAUUGCAUACAAAAAAUUCGAGGGUAUUUUAAUAUAUGAAGCUAUAAUUAGUUUUUACGUUAGAAUUUUACAAAAUUUUCAACUUUUCAUUUUGCUAGUUAAUUAUAACAUUCACGAUUUAAAAAAUUAUUGUUAAAUACUAAGGUGAACUGUAUGAAAAAUUAUAAAAAAAGUGAAUACACACCAAGAGAAGUCAGUGCAGCUAAGAGAUUCAUUUUAACAAAAUUAUUUGAACCAAAUCACCUACUCAAAUCAAAAAGCUGUACAUAGGGCUUCAGGUAAACAUAAAGAAAAUAUAACAUUAUAUAAAAAUUGAUAAGGUAAAUAGUUAUGGAAUGAGUUUUAAAGCAUCUGUGCAAAAUUUCAGAGCUCUACGUUCAAAAGAAGAGAAAUGACUGAAAUGUUAAUCUUGCUUAUUACGAUACUUGAGAGUUGUCAUUAAUUGUAGAGCUCUAAAAUUUUGAACAAAAGCUUUACAACUCAUUACAAAACUAUUAAGCUUAUCAGUUUUUAUUUAAAUUUAUCCUCUCUGUACCUUUACCUGGAGACCUGCAUACGGCUUUUCACUUUGGAAGUUUGAUUUCCUACAAAAGUCUUGUUACAAGGGAUGUCUAAAUCCUUAAUAAUUUUUAAAUAUAAUUGAAAAAUUUCUAAGGUAACUGGUUAACUAAUGGUACCUUUUAGCAGUAAAAAAAAAAG